AUGGCGACAAACUUGCGGAGACUUUUCUCAGCUUCCAGUCAUGGCCUCCUCUUGAAGAGCCUUCCUGGCUCUUUCUCUAGUUACCGAAAUUUAAGUGUUUGCUCCGAUCAAACAAAUGUUACUGCUUCUCCAUGUGACGGAUUAGAGACAAGUCUUGGAGGUAAUGUUGACAAAGGGUUUCUAAGAUGGAGAAAUGGAGGAGGAACAUACCAUACCUCUGCCGUAAUCGAUUCCUCGGCUCUGGUUGAGUUUGGAGCUGUAGUUCACGAAAGAGCUGUAUUGGGUGCAGAGGUUCAUAUAGGAUCCAACACUGUAGUUGGACCAUCAGUCAAUAUUGGUCCUUCUACAAAGAUAGGGUAUAAUGUUUCAGUCAACAAUUGUAGUAUUGGUGAGUUAUGUGUCAUCCAUAAUGGAGUCUGCAUUGGCCAAGAUGGAUUUGGGUUCUACGUGGAUGAAAACGGAAACAUGGUGAAGAAGCCUCAAGCCUUAAAUGUGAAGAUAGGGAAUCGUGUGGAAAUUGGAGCAAACACAUGCAUUGACAGGGGCAGCUGGAGAGAUACCGUGAUUGGGGAUGAUACUAAGAUAGAUAAUUUAGUUCAGAUAGGUCACAAUGUGAUUAUUGGCAAGUCUUGCAUGCUCUGUGGCCAAGUAGGCGUAGCUGGAUCAGCAGAGAUUGGUGACUAUGUAGUUUUAGGAGGACGUGUUGCUAUUCGAGACCAUGUCUCAGUUGUAUCCAAGGUUCGACUAGCUGCAAAUAGUUGUGUCACCAAAAGCAUUACAGAACCAGGGGAUUUCGGUGGCUUUCCUGCUGUACCAAUUCAUCAAUGGAGAAGGCAGAUUGUAGAAGCCAAGAUUUUGAGCAAGAGGAAACCCUAACUUAUUAUAUUUACUACUAAACUCAAGAAAAUUUUCAAAUUUGUGGGUCAUAUGUUGAAGAGAUGCCAA